AUGAACACUUCUGUAACUGAGGAAGACUUAGUUAUAAAGUGUGAAGUCAAUUUUAAUCGAACGUCCAGAAAUCCGAUCGACUACAAGUAUGGCCCACGAUCUGUCGUCAUUGGCUAUUUCAACAACGAUACCUGGCCAGAUACUGCUGUUGCCAAUUAUGAUGCUGAUAAUGUAGCAAUAUAUUUUGGAUAUGGAAAUGGUACAUUUACAAGUUCAGUCCUGUAUGAAACAGGUUCUGACUCUGCACCGUGCAUGGUCGCCGUCGCCGAUUUCGAUAACGAUGGUCGAACCGACAUCGCCGUUGCCAAUUUUGGAAUAAACAGCAUUAGUUUACUUUUUGGAACCGAAAAUGGGUCUUUUGUGAGUCGUACGCCUCUCUCAACUGCAUCUUCUCGCCCGAUUUUCGUCUACGCAUCUGAUCUGAAUAAUGACACAGCUGUAGAUAUUGUCACUGUUAACUACGGUACACACAGUAUCAGUGUGUUUUAUGGCUAUGGAAAUGGGGCAUUCUCAGAACCAGACAGCUACUCAACGGGAUAUGAUUCUUUCCCAUUGGCAGUCGUCAGUGGGGAUUUUAACAAUGACCAUAAGAUAGAUCUUGCCAUUGCCAAUUAUGGCACAAACACUGUAUGGAUACUGUUCGGAACUGGCAUUGGAACCUUCGUCAAUCAAGCCGUGCUUUCAACCAAUCUUAAUUCCCAUCCAUACUCAAUUGCCGUUGGUCAUUUGAACGAUGACAACAUGUUGGAUAUUGCCGUCACCAACUACGGCAAUAAAAAUGUUGGUGUAUUCCUGGGACAUGGCAAUGGAACUUUUCUCGAUCAAAUGACGUAUUUAGUAGACCCUUCUUCUCCAUAUGCCAUUGGCAUUGGUGACUUCAACAAGGAUAGUCUAAUGGAUAUCGUUGUCACCAGUAAUGACACUGAUAAUAUUGCUGUAUUUCUUGGAUAUGGCAAUGGGACUUUUGCAAAGCCUAAACCCUAUUCAACCGAAUCUUCCUCUUCAAUUUCGGUUGCCAUAGGAGACUUGAACAAAGAUAAUCGUUUGGACAUUGUCGUCAUCAACAAUGACACAGGUAGCAUAAGUAUUCUGCUUGGAUAUGACGAGGGGUUUCCAGAUCAAAUGACAUUUUCAGCUGGCAGUUGGUCGAUAGAUGUAGUCAUUGGUGAUUUUAAUAACGAUAAGCAACUAGAUGUCAUCGUUACUAAUAGCUAUGAUAACACUGUCAGUAUCCUCCUCGGAUAUGGUAAUGGCUCCUUCGCAAAUCAAAUAACAUUCUCAACUGGCAAUUCUCCAUGGGGUGCAGCUAUAGGUGAUUUUAAUAAUGACACCAUACUGGAUAUCGUCUUUGCUAAUAGCCGCAACAAAAGUGUGAGUAUCCUUCUCGGAUAUGGUAAUGGCUCCUUUGCAAGUCAAAUGACAUUUUCAACUAACACUUUUCCAUGGGGCGUAGCUGUUGGUAAUUUUAACAAAGACAUCACAUUGGAUAUCUUCGUUACUAAUUCUGCUGACAACAAUGUAAGCGUUCUUCUCGGAUAUGGUAAUGGCUCUUUUGCAUAUCAAGGGACAUAUUCAAAGGGGUCUUCACCGCAAGGCUUAGGCGUUGUUGAUUUUAAUAAUGACAGUAGAAUGGAUAUCGUCGUCGCUAAUUUUAAUAAUGAGACCGUUAGUGUAUUGCUUCGGAAAGAUAGAGGAGCUCUAAAUAUCACAAACACAUUUGCAGCUGCCACUGGUUCUCUGUUACGAUCCUUUUUUGUUGUUGAUGUUAACAACGAUACUCUACUGGAUAUCAUUGUUUGUAAUUAUGGUACUGAUAAUAUUAAUGUCCUCAUAGGCUUGGGAAAAGGAACUUUCGGUAGCAAAAUAACGUACCCAGUGGGCUUAGAAACUCAUCCUGGCUCAAUCACCGUGGAUGACUUGAAUAAAGAUGGUCAAAUGGAUAUAAUAGUGGCUAAUUAUGAAACCAAAAAUCUGGUUACGUUUCUUGGAAGUGGGAACGAAAAUUUUGAAAAUCUAGGAACAUAUAGCGCUAGGUUCGAUUUCGCACCAUCGAUUAUCGCUGUUGGUAAUUUCAACAACGAUGGACGUUUAGAAAUUUUGAUCUGCGGAUAUUAUAUCAUCAAAUUUGCAGUCAGUUUUAGUAGCUUGACUAUGUUAUCCUGCUGA